AUGGCCAGUGUAACGUUGGAUGCACCUCGCGCGACCGGAGCUGUCUUGACGCAAGGACUCGAUCGUGUCGCAAAGGUCCAUAUAUUACCCUCCGGCCCAUAUCUAACCGGCCCAGUUCUCCUUCAGAUUCGCACUCCUUGGGCCGCUACCAAAGACAUUCAAUUUUUACCGUGCGAAUCAUCGAUUCUCCGGUCGCAAGAUGCCACAUCAAGCCGAAGGACAGAUAUCGAAGACGGCCUCGGGUGCGUUGAUGUCUCCAACUUUAUCAUCUCAGAUAGAGACGAUGGCGAUCCAGCCUUGACCUUCCGCUCUAUUGUUCUGGGCUCCAUCUUCACAGCCCUUUCGAGUGUCAUUACCAUGCUCUACGUCUUCAAACCGUACCAAGUCCAGGUUUCUCCGGUCUUCAUACAACUUCUGGUGUUUCUCUUUGGAAAAACAUGGGCUAUGAUCACGCCUCGUCCAGAGAAGUCCAAAUGGAAAUGGCUCCAAACUACCCUCCGCUUUCUCAAUUUCGGUCAGCACUUCGGCAUCAAAGAGCAUGUCGUCGCAGCUUUAAUCGCAUCAUCCGGUAACAACGGCUUGUCGGGCGUUGAGGUUUACGCUGUCGAAAGACUGUUCUACAACAUCGGCGUGAAUGCAACAACCGCCGUCCUGUCUACCUUCUCGAUAUCAUUGUGUGGAUUUGUCCUGGCAGGCUUACUCCGGCCGCUCAUUGUCUAUCCGGCCGAAAUGGUCUACUGGUCGACGCUGCCUCAAGUGGUGCUCUAUCAGAAUCUUCACUUUGACCCCAAAGCCAACAAAUCUCGCCUCAUCAAGUUCGGUUGGGCUCUUGCAUUUGCGGCAGUGUGGGAGCUCUUUCCCGCGUACAUGGUGACCUGGUUUGGAGGCAUCUCUAUCUUCUGUCUGGCCUCGAUGAAGGCACCGAAACAUAUUCGGACCGUGUUCACCACGAUAUUUGGAGGAGCCUCGUCCAAUGAGGGAAUGGGGCUAUUGAACUUUUCCCUAGACUGGCAGUACAUCCAGAGCACAUAUCUCUCCUUGCCAUUCAAACAGCAGGUCAACACGUGGAUUGGGUAUGUUAUCUGGUAUGUCGUCAUGCUCGGGCUGUUCUACGGCAACGCGUGGGAUGCGAAAAGGUUCCCCUUCAUGUCGACGUCUCUCUUCUUGAGUAGUGGAGAAAAGUUCUCCGCGACGUCUAUUGUGAAUAGCAAAGGCACGGUCGACUUUUCCAAACUCAAAGACGUCGGUCUACCCUAUCUUACCUCCAGCACUGUCUGGGGUUAUCUGACGCAGAAUCUGGCGAUCGGCGCAUUGAUCACCCACGUUGCCAUUUUCUACGGCAAGGACAUGGUCCUCGCAUGGAAGCAGGCCAGGAGCAGAGCCCAGCCAGACCGCCAUUAUCAGGGCAUGCUGAAGUACAAGGAAGUGCCACUCUGGUGGUACCUAGUUCUGUUCGUCCUAGCUUUCCUCGCCGGGUUGAUCGUAAACAUCAAGGGGCAAACGACGCUGCCGGUAUGGGGCUACAUCAUUGCUCUGCUUCUGGGAGCUUUUAUCAGCCCAUUCUCCUGCAUCCUCUACGGUCUUUACGGGACUGGUAUUGCAACCAACCAACUCUCCAAGAUGGUCGCCGGGGCCCUCCACCCCGGCCGACCCCUUGCCGGUCUGUACUUCGCCAGCUGGUCGCACCAAGUCAUUCUUCUAUCCGUCAACCUGUCAAACUGGCUUAAGGUCGGCCAGUACACCAAAGUGCCGCAUCGCAUCAUGUUCGCCACCCAAAUAUAUGGAACUCUCCUAGGUGCAGCGCUGAACUAUGUCGUGAUGACCACAAUCGUCACCAACCAGCGCGAAAUCCUUCUCGAUCCCAUUGGGAAUAAUGUCUGGAGCGGAUCAACCGUGCAAUCCCUCAACUCACAGGCCGUCACAUGGUCGCUCGCAAAGGAAGUAUACGGUGUCAACGGCCGAUACGUGGUCGUGCCCCUGGGUCUAGUCAUCGGCCUUGCCCUCCCGUUUCUGCAUUGGGGUUUGAUAAAGUUAUUUCCGCGGAUUCGACAAUGGCCGCUGAACACGGCGAUUAUCACGUCAUAUGCUGGGCAGGUGUACUUUGGAAAUACGUCGUGGAUCUGGUCUUCGAUUGCUGUUGGCGUGUUUUCUCAGGUUUGGCUCAGACGGCGGAUGCCGAAGAUCUACAACGACUAUAAUUAUCUGAUUGGGGCUGCACUCGACGGUGGAUCGCAGCUUAUCGUGUUUAUUUUGUCUUUUGCCGUGCUCGGUGCAAGUGGCACAGAACGUCCGUUCCCGACUUGGUGGGGGAACCCAGAUGGUAAUCCAGAUCAUUGCUUAUAG